AUGGGCACAUGUGGGAAUUAUGAGAUGGUGAAAUUAGAAAACGGGCCAGUAAAUACCACUAAUCUUACUUCCAGUGGAACCACAAAGUUGUUUUCCUCCACUUCAUUACGUCCCCUGUUCCUCCUUAGUACUGGUUUUAUUGGUAUUCUGCUGUUGGAGAGAUGGAAGCCCCAAUUUUUAUUGGAUUUCUCAGUACAACCCAUAGAAGAACCUGGGGGAGACAGUGACCAUGAGAUGAGAGGAGCCCAACCUCACCUGCUCAGUGUAUCAGAACUCUGUCGUUGCUUGGCUGAGAGCUGGAUUACCUUUAGGCUAUAUCUGCAGGAACUUCUGCAGUAUAAGAAGCAAAACCCUGCCAAGUUCUGUGCCAGAAUCUGCUCAGGAUGCUUGAUUCUAGCAAUUGUAGGACACUAUGUUCCAGGAAUCAUGAUCUCCUACAUUGUCUUACUUAGCAUUCUGCUGUGGCCACUGGUAGUUUACCAUGAACUCAUUCAGAGAAUGUAUACCCGUUUGGAGCCCAUCCUAAUGAAACUGGACUACAGUAUGAAGGUGGAGACUCUGCAUCUUAAACACGAAAAGAAAAAGCGUCAAGGAAAGAUUGAGCCAGAGGCUGGCAGUGAACCAAUGGCAGAAACAGAAAGUGAGAGUGAAGCAGAACUGUCUGGCUACUCUACAGUGGUAGAUGUGAAGAAGACAGCUCUGGCAUUAGCAAUCACAGAUUCUGAACUCUCUGAUGAGGAGGCCUCUAUCCUAGAAAGUGGGGGAUUCACGGUCUCCAGAGCUACAACUCCACAACUGACAGAUGUGUCCGAAGAUCUGGACCAGCAGAGCCUCCCCAGUGAGCCUGAGGAAUCCUUCUCCAAGGAUUUAGCAGAAUUCCCUUCGGUGGAAGAGUUCCAUUCCAAAGACUUGGGACCAUCCAACGAAGAUGAGAAUUUUGGAGUUCCCAUUCAAAGUGUGCAACAGCUAACCUCUGCUGAAGAGGACGCCGCUGCCGCCAUGAAUCCGGACACAUCCAUUCUGUGCCUGGCCUCACCCCUGCAUUUUGUAAAUACUCAUUUCAAUGGGAACGGGCAGGCGGUAGUGGGAGGAACCCCCGAGUCCCAAGCGACCUGCGCACAAGGCCUGGGGCUACACAUCGAUUCGUUGAGUCAAGAGAUUGUCACUACGGCUAUCAGUACAGUUGUGCAGAACACCCUGUCAGCUCUGCUCCACUCCUCAGAGGACACCGAAGGGCCUUGUUUCUCUGAGUUCCUGCCUACUGAACCCGAGGAGAGACUCAGUUUCCAGGCACAGCUAUCUGAGAACGAGGAGGUGGGAACAGCUCCUCUGCCUGGGAAAGAAGAAGAGGAGGAGGAGGAGGAGGAGGAGGAGGAGGAGGAGGAGGAGGAAGCCGAUGAUUUUGAGCUGCUUGACCAGCAGGAGCUGGAGCAAAUGGAUGCAGAGCUGGGCCUUUCUGGAGAAACAGAAGCUCCAGGAGCUCCUUCCCAACCUCCUGAAGAACUGUCACCCUGAUCUCCCUGUUCAGUCUUCUCUUUUCUGUAGCUGCAAGAAAGGACAAACAGACACAUAGAGAAGUUAUAGGCCAUACCGAAGGACAGAUAGACAUGUGGCGAAGUCCAAGCAAAGCACCCAAACUCGCAGUGUUAUGUCUGGAAUCAAAAGUUGUUGUCCUCCUCCUCCUAGUAUUGGCCUUUCCACCAGGGCCUCUGUUUCUGCCCCAGGCUUCUCAGUGAUGAUGCAGUCUUUUGUCUGCUGCUGCAAUUUUUCUGUCUCAAGUCUUGUUUUGCGGUUUUUAAUUUCGCACACAUUUUCUGCUCUUCCUGCCACUACGACUUCCUGCUCAUCCUCAUGUAUCCAGUAGGAAAUAAAAGGAGUUCUAUUCAGCAGAGAGGGUGUAAAUAAUUUAAAGAGAGCAUUGGUCGGUUAAUUGAACAGGAAGGAAAAAAAACGUUCUUUGGAGAAAUAGAUUUGGGGUUGGUUUGUGUUUUUUGACAGGAAAUUGGGGAACGGAAAGUAGGUUUUCAGUAGUGAUACCAUAUAGAGAAUUUUUUUUUCUGCGAAAAUGGAAGGCCAUCUGGACUUAAGCCACCUUGCACAGAAAAAGCCAAGUGCUUCUGCCGCACCAAGAACCAGUCCUAUCUUCUCAAAAUAUUUUAAACCUUCGGUUCUAUUUUCCUCUGUAUGUAGGGUGAAUGUACACUAUGCCCAGUGGUUUCCAGGAAGGCAUAGCCUGAUUUUAUUUAUUCUGAACUACGUAUCUAGCUGUCUGGAUUUUUUUUAAAAAUUCGCUUGGAUGAACUCAAUUUUAAUUGUAGAAUCUGGCAGCCUUCCUCUUUCCCU